AUGACUUCAGAUCCAGAUUUACAUUAUAAUGAAAUCGAUUAUCUUGUCAAUUCAUUAUCUUCGCCAUUAAGUUCUCUAAGCAUUAAUGAUUCAGAAGAAUCCAAUACAAAGAAACUUUAUCAUCAACAACAUGAAGAUUGGGAUAGUUUUAUAAACCUUUUAUACUCGAAUUCAAUUUCUGAUGAUGAUUUAUUUGAAAUUAUCAAGAGUUUUAUUAACCCAAAUUUCAAAUCGAAAUAUCAAAAUUUCUUUAAUAAUUUAAAAUUUUGUUUAUAUCAAGAAAGUAAAGUGAGAUUACUACAAAAUCAAAGAUAUGGACUUGACCAGCAACCAAAACAUCAAUAUCAGCCAACAUCACUGUUGUCGUCAAAAUAUCUUGAAGACGAUGAGAUUAUCUUCAGUAAAAAUGAAAAUUCUGAACUUUAUGAUCAUUUCAUAAGAAUAUUAUUUACCACUAGAGAAUCAAUGCCAGAUGAUUUAUGGGAAGAGUCGGUCUUUGAGUGUCUUGGAAAUUGGCCGAAUCUAAUUGAACAAUUCAAACAAAUUAUUAUUCGUGAAACCAUUAAUUUUUAA